AUGGAGAACAGAGAGGAGAGGUAAGCAUUCACCAACUCUUGACUGUCCUUUGGAAGAAUGUUAAAGGUCUCCUAUUAUGGCAUUUUUCAUCAAGUUUAAAUAGGGCCCAGAGGUCCCACAAGUAGCUCCACUGGGAAUGGGCGUCUGUACCUUCAAAUGAUAAUGAGCUGUGUGCAACCACGCUCUUCCUCCCCAAGGCCACUCUGAGCUGCCGGCACUGCCGCGGUGGCCCAGGAGCGGUGGUCUGGAGAUCCUCUGAGGUCCUCCAAACCACCGCAGCUGGAAGCACUAGCCUGCCUUCCUGCCCCCAAGGAACACCUGCUGCUCACGGGAAUAAAAGUAAAUAGAAGCGAGUCCGAAGUCAAAUCCCAAUGAUGGUUAACUCACACAAUUGUAGCCAAAGCACUAACCAUACCGGCAGCGGUAAAACUUACGGUAUAGUAAAACUUACAGUUCCACGUGUGAAAUUGGGUCCCUGACACGGACAAUUGGUAUGGAUCCGUUUUUUAUCUUCAGCUUCUUAGCGAAUCCUGCUUUGAACUACCCCUCGUUGGUAAAACAGUCCAUGGUGAAAUGGUAAGCACACACAUACAACAUUUUCAGAGUUGUUGUGGGUACAUUUCAUCAAAAAUAAAAUUAAUCCACUGGGUCCUUAAAUCUUCCUAUGAAGGAGGCAGAAAUAGACUCCUGUCUUUGUUUGUGCAGCCAAGAACCACGCAGCGGCUGGAUUGUAGCUUCGAUAUGGUUGCUGUACCAGCAAAAAUGGCAGAUGCUGCCUCAGCAAAGAAGUUUUAGAGGGCUAGGCUAACGAUUAUGGGGGGCAGUGCCACCAACAUGUAGGAGAGGCUUAUGUGGUUAUGUCGUCAUAACCACACAGCUUUUCCAUCUGCCCAUUUGCGCUAAUGUUUUCAGAGAGGAUGGGAGAGGGAGAGAAUUAAACUUUUUAAUGUCGGGGAAGGGGUUGUUGGCUUCGAAGGGAUGUAUAUCAUUGGUAGAAAACCAUCCAAAAGUGGAUUUUUUAUAAUAGGGGACCUCUAAUGUAAAAGUAGAUGUCAGGUUAGUUGUGUUUCCAUCCAAUGUCAUCUUUAUAGAAUAUACAUGUUCUUAUUGUAGAAUUUAUUGGGGCCACAGGACCAAGACACUGAGGCACUAUUGUUAUACUGUUUUUAUUUUUUUAAGUUUUUUAUUUCUCUUCUGAACAAAAUUUGAUUCGGUACUAGCUUAAAGAGCUGUAGGACAAAUUACAUAUCAAAACGAACAGUUUAAUCGGGAUCGGUGUGCUAUUAUUUUUUUUAUUGCAUAUGAAUUUUUUAAACUGAAGUAAACGGGACAAGUAAAAAAAAAAAAGGGGCAAAUAUUGAGAUUUUUCAAACAUCUACCGGCCCUGCAUACUUUCACCUAGAGACUCCAUUUAAACGUAAAAAUUUAUACACAAGUCUUGUCAAUCGGUGCCAUAAUUUCCAUCUCAAUAGGUAUUGUAGUUUUCAAUCACUCACAGUUCAAUAACCAUGUUAUGAUCAUCUUUUACUUUGCUUUCUAAAAAAAUUUUCACAAAACUUAUAUAACUCCAGUGUUUUCCGUAUAUUCAAUCAGCAGCGGCGGUACAUGUGCUGCUACUGAAAUUUCACAUGAUCAUUAAUAUCAAUGUGUCACUAAUGAUUUCUACUUGCACUGUGUGAGCACAACAACACAGUGUUAUUUCUGACUUGUUUUGAGUCAUCAACAUGCAAAUGCAUGUCAAAUCCUGUCGGACCCUCUUCCAUCAGCGUGAAAGGUAAUGUUCAAGCUUAUGAGCGAGAGUAGCAUUAAUAGCAUUAGUAGCAUUAACAUAACUGCACCACUAAUGAUUUCUACUUGCACUGUGUGAGCAAAACAACACACAGAGUUAUCUUCAACUUCCAUUGCGUUGUUGCGUCAACCCCGGCAAAAUUGGAACCAGACAAGAAGAGUGGUUUUUGGGUGUAGUUCCUUUGCAAUCCUACAGCAUUUUCAGUAUAGGUGUUGUUUUCUUUGGCAUAUGCUGCUGUCCUUCUGGGAAACAUAACCUCAUGCACUAUACUUCUAGUGCUAGGCAAACAUUGGUCUAGGAGCAGUGGUCUGGAGAUCUUCUGAGGACCUCUUCAGACGAUCUCCAGACCACCGCAGCUGGAAGCACCACCCUGCCUUCCCACCCCCAAGGAACACCUGCUGCUCACGGGAAUAAAAGAAAAAGACGAAUACCAACAAUGGUAAACACACACAAUUGCAGCCAAAGCACUAACAAUACGAGCAGCGGUAAAGCAACAUAAAAUGGUAAAACUUGCAGUUCCACGUUUAAAGUUGGGUCCCUGACACAGACAGUUGGUACGGAGCCAGGCUUUAUCCUCAGCUUCUUAGCAAAUCCUGCUUUGAACUGCCCCUCGUUGGUAAAACUGUCCAUGGUGAAAUGGUUAGCACACACAUACAACAUAUUCAUAACCUCAUGCAUGAUACUUCUCGUGCUAGGCAAGCAUUUAUUGGUUGACAGACAAAUAAGUUUGAAUGUAACUUUUAAAAUAACUCAUACCACUAAAAUGUAACCGAAAAACAAGAGAAUUUUGCAAUGUUCCAAACUUUGUACAGAUGAUCAGCACUUUUGGGAUUGGACAAAAACUUACCAGAUAAAGACUUUUUAUAUCAAUUUAAAGGAUCCAAACUGAGAGUUAAAAGCAUUUGAAUUGUGUUUGUCAACCACAGCCCUGUUAGGGAGCAGAUCCCAACAUCCCCAGAGCGAGGGCUGCUCCAUGUCUGGCAGUCAGCAGGUUCUGGUCAACAGACUUGUCCAGAGAGAGUGCUUCUAUCUACACCUGUCCUGCAGGUUAGCCUUGGUGAACACCAUGGACUCCUGCUUACACAAGGUGAGUAGAUGAAAAACGUCCAUCACGUUUACCACUUGAAAAUGUGUUUUAUUGCUUGUAGAGUUAAGCGUGCUUUUGUGAUUAAUAUAAACUCUGUUGGAAUUAUUCAUAUUUUCCUCUAGUUAUCAUGAGUGUUUAAAAUUAAUUUUCGUGUUACAAACAAACCUUAUGUCUAUGGUUUGGAGAACUUGACACUGCAUUUUAAUAUUGGCCAUUAUUUGGUUGUUGCUGUUCAGCAGGUGGUCUGGUGUAUUCUUUUGGUGAGCUGUUGUGGAGGGAAGUAAGCGUCCCACUGUCUGCUCCGGUGCUGGAAGUCUCAUUGCUGGGAAAGACAGUGAUCCAUGUGGCUGCUGGUGGUUUUCACUGCGGAGCUCUCAAUGACCAGGGCAACAUCUACAUGUGGGGUGAGAACACUGCAGGACAGUGUGGGCUGACCGGGGAUGAUGCAGCUUCAAGCAUCACAGGUUGGUUUGUUUUGGGUAAUUUUCCUUUCUGCUAUUAUGCAAAGAGCUUGUCAGUUAAUAUCAAAGUUAUUCUGCAAGAUUUACGAACAUUGGUAAUCACCUCUAAUACAACUAAUAAAAAAAUGCUUGUGUUACAGAAAUUAUUUAAAAUUUAUCAACUUUUUUUUUCUUUGCUUUGGUAUGAGAACAGUACUAAGAAGAAUGAAUGGCUGAUUUCCUGAGGUCACUCGAUGGUUGUGGAGAGAAAAAUAAAAGACUUUAUAAAAAUAAAAAAAGCAUUUUUUGAUAUGGACUUUUUGGGCAUUGUACCUCCUGUACCAGCAACAUUAUUUUUAGACCGGCAGCAUGUUGGCUUCAUGAUGGCAGCUGUAUGCCACCCCUCCUGCCUGUGCGAUUAUGGUAUUCACACAGAUUAUGUUAAGGCUACAGUGCAUUCAGUAAGUAUUCGCUGUGCUUCACUUUUUUCACAUUUUCUUGUGUUACAGCCUUAUCACCAAAUUGAUUAAAUUCAUGCUUUACCUCAAAAUUUGGCACACAGUACCUCAUCAUGACAAGUAAAAAAAAAUUUUUUUAAACUUUUUCAAAUUUAUUAAUAAUAAUAUACAAAAAUAUAACAUGUACAUUAGUAUUCAUAGCGUUUGCUUAGUUCUUUGUAGAUGCAUCUUUGGCAGCAAUUACAGUCUAGGGCAGUGGUCUCCAUAUGGUGUUUACGGUAAAUAGACGCAAACGGUCUCCGAAAACGCCGAGACAAAACAGCCACUAUUUCAAACAACUGGGCUCAUAAUCGUGAUGUAAACACUUACUUUCUCGCUAGAAAAAAUAUUAUUAUUGAAUGAAUUUAUAUAAUUUUUCCGGAAUGCAGUCGUUCUGUGUAGCUUGUGGUAGGACUAUUUAAAUUUUCCCGGCGCUGCGUCCGGCAGGCACGAAAUGCAUUCUGGGGUAUUUAGUAUGCAUCUGUAUGUAAACGCUCGGGCAGCCGCGGCAUACUCAAAUCAUCUUUGAGUAGUCAGUAUGCAGUAGGUACUGCUUGAGUAGGUAAGUAGAUAGUAGGCAGUAUGCCAUUUCGGACACAGCCAGGGUGUUUUAUGACGAGUGGGCAGAGCCAUUUGCAUUCAUUUUACCUGCAGGAAGCACACAGCCAAUUGAAAGUAGGCGGUUAUUAGCAAUACAAAUGAAGUGAAUAUUUCAAAAGAGUAAUGCACUGUAAAAAAAAAAAUAAAUAAAAAUCCCUGGACCCAGGCCUGCAGGCAUUUCAUUCAGGUGGACCCACUGAAAAUUUAUAUGAAGACCCCUGGUCUAGGGUCUUUUUGAGUACGAUGCUACAAGCUUUGCACACCUAUUUUUCAGCAGGCUCUCCCAUUCUUCUUUGCAGAACCUCUCAAGCUCGACCAAGUUGGAUGGAGAGUGUUGGUGCACAGCCAUUUUCAGAUCUCUCCAGAUAUGUUCAAUUGGGUUCAAGUCUGAACUCUGGCUAGGCCACUCAAGGACAUUCAAAGAGUUGUCCUGAAGCCACUGCUUUGUUUUCUUGGCUGUGUGCUUAGGGUCAUUGUCCUGUUGAAAGUUGAAUCUUCGCCCCAGUCCAGAGCAUUCUGGAGUAGGUUAUUAUCAAGCAUGUCUCUGUACAUUGCUGCAUUCAUCUUUCCCUUGACCCUGACUAGUCUCCCAGUUCCUGCUGCUGAAAAACAUCCCCACACCGUGAUGCUGCCUCCAACAUGCUUCACUGUAGGGAUGGUAUUGGAAAGGUGAUGAGUGGUGCAUGGCUUCCUCCAGACAUGAUGCGUAGCAUUCAGACCAAAGAGUUUAAUCUUUGUUUCAUCAUAUCAGAGAAUUUUGUUUCUCAUGGUCUGAGAGUCAUUCAGGUUCCUUCAGGUAAACUAGGCAGGCUGUCCUGUGCCUUUUACUGAGAAGUGACUUCAGUGGGCCCAGUCUACCAAGCAGGCCUGAUUGGUGGAGUGCUGCAGAAAUUAUUGUCCUCUCUCCACACAGCAACUUUGGAGCUUUGUCAAAGUGACCAUUGGGUUCCUAGUCACCUCCCUGACUUAGGCCCUUCUUCUUCAAUCACUCAGAUUGGCUAGUGGUUCCAAACUUCUUUCAUUAUGGAUGACGGAGGACACUGGGCUCAUUGAGAACUUUAAUGCUGCAGACAUUUUUCUGUAACUUUCCCCAGAUCUGUUCCCUCAUAUAUUGCUGUCUUGGAGGCCUACAGAUGGUUCUUUGGACUUCAUGACUUUGUUUGUGCUCUGACAUGCACUGUCAACUAUGGGACCUUACAAAGACAGGUGUGUGCCUUUCCAAAUCAUGUCUAGUCAACAGAAUUUACCACAGGUGGAUGCCAACCAAGUUGUGGAAACAUGUGAAGCAUGAUGAGUGAUAACAGGAUGCACCUGAGCUGAAUUUUGAGUGUCAUGGCAAAUGUAGUGAUACUUAAAUAUAGACUAUGUUUACACACGCCCAGCUAUUUUCAUAAAUGGACAUUUCACACUUUCCGUUUACAAAAAAAAUGCGUGCACACCACUACAUUUUCACUGAUCUCUCUGAGUCAGUGUGUAGUUGUUUGCGCUCGCUAACAGGAAAGCCAAAGCGUAUCCGUUUGGGUGCGUUUCCGUAUAUUUACCAGCGCGUCGUGCGGAGUUUGUUUGCUCUGUUUGAUCAGUCAGGUUUGGGUGCGCUCCCUAUAAUCACCAGUGUAUCCAGCAAACUGCUUGGCAUAGUUUCCGCGAAGAAGAGUGGCGGACUCAGAGAUUAGUGGCAGUACCAAGCAAACGGAGGCAGCCUGACUCACCCAACAUGAAUAAGAAAAGAAGGAACUCGUUCCGAAAAAGGGUGUGAGUCCCGACUUCGGUUGUCUGGAGAUUCUUCGGAUUAAGAAAAUCCGACAAUGAUCAAAAAACAAUACUAUGCAGAGAGUGUCAUCCACGCCAUAUAAAAAAAUCGCCAGACUGGCCUGGCAUUUUGUUUGCAUAACACAAAUCUGAGUUUAAAGAUAUAAUGGAAAUGAAUAAAUGAGACAGUAUGGUUAUUUUCAAAAACAUACUGUGAUACAUACUGUUACUGUGAUAUGAAAUUACUCAUACCGUGAUAUAAGAUUUUGUUCAUACCACCCAAUACUAUGUGUAUAUAUGCUGUGAAGAGUUCCUCCUCUUCUUCCUCAUGUUGGGUGGGUCGAGCUGCCUCCGUUUGCUCGGUACUGCCACUAAUCUCUGAGUCUGCCAUGACCACCACCACUGAAGCUGUUUCUUCUUCAUUGAAACUAUGCCGAGCAGUUAGCUGGAUACGCUGGUGAUUAUAGGGAGCGCACCCAAACAAGAGCAUAUCAAACAUGUGGGUGGCAGUGUAGCGAGAAUCUCAAGCCCACAUUAGCCAAUCAGAAUCCCGCAAAGCAGCAACAAUAGCAAUGUCCCUUCCUUCUUUCCUGCACACAAUCUGCCGUCGGCUACCCAUAUCUCAGUUUUUCUCUGUUUACAUGCAAACGUGCAAACUUAGUUUUCCUAAAUCUCCACUCUAGCCGGAGUUUAUAAAAAACAUCACUUUCAGGGGCGAAUUUUCCAUUUGCGUCUGAACAAAUGGUGCAAACGAAGGUUAAUGUCUCUGUUUUUGAAAAUAACUGGGUAUGUAUAAAUAGGGCCAUAAGUACAUGUCAGGGCUUGACAUUUACUUUUUUCACAGGGAGCACAUGUGCACCUAAGUUGAAAAGUCAGGAGCACACAAAAAAACUUCAGGGGCACAAUGAAAAUUGAUCAAAUAAUGUGUUUUCCAUAAUAAAAUUGAUAUAUAGAGACAUUUACAUACAUUUAUUUAUUUAUUUUAUUUAUUUAUUUAUUUUUCAAAUUGUGAUAAUGGGUUGGAACCCUGGAAAGUAAAACAGAAUCCCCCCAAAUGUCUGCUCAGUCAGCUUAGAUACAAAGGAUGUCUCUGGUCCAGCAGCUUUUGUAAUCAGGUUGUCUGGCCUGCUUUGAGCUCAGCCAGCGGUCCACAGCAGGACUGGGAUCAAAUUGCCUUAAAUUGCUCUACUGAAGGCCCCUCUAAGCUGAUCCACAUCAGGUCUUCUGUUGUGAACACUCCAAAGCAGCUUCUUGUCGAGUUCUUGAUGCGGUUUUGUGCAGAUAAGCCUCUUUCACUCUGGGCUGCUGAAUAAGGGAGCACCAGCAUGAUCUGCACCAACUCCAGUAUGUUCAAAGAAAGGAGGUGUGUCUUAUUGGUCGAUGUAAGUACUAUUAUUUGAAAUCAAUUUUAGAUCAAUUGGUCACAUGACAUGGAAGCUAUUGAAGGAAAACAGCCUUUUUUGAGAACAUUAACCGGUAAUUUAUUGACGGUCCCUUAUUCAACACCUGACAUUGACAGCUAGGGUGCCGAGUAGAUUUAACCGCGCUGCUGUUGCUAUUCCUGGUUAUGGAAAAUGAGAAGACACCAGUAGAUAGCAGUGAAUGUCCGUUGAAUAUCCAACUUAAAACUCACUUCACAAUGGUAUUUACAUGAAAAAACAUUUGUUGCCUUGGCUGAUUUUUUUUAUGAACACGUGCCCUAAAUGCAUUUUACAAUUCGCACAUAUCUAUUCUUAGUCGCAUUGAGUAAAACGGUGGCACUGUCGAGCCUUGCAUGUUUCAGUUUUUUAUUUCCGUUAAAAGUGAAAUGUGAAUUAAAUCCAUUUUGGAAUGAGGCUGUAACACAAGAAAAUGUGGGGGAAAAAGGCACUGUCAAUACUUUCCGGAUGCACUGUAUGUUUGGCUGCAUUGUUUGCUGCCGUCAGCCCCAUCUGUCUCAAUAAGGCCAUCAACAGUCUGUUCAUAAAAAUUCCUGGCUGUAUAAAUGUCAUAAGUAUCAAUACUAUAUAGGAAAGGACUAAGUCAUGUACUCAAGUAGAAAGGAGAAAGAGAUAGGAAGAAAAAUGGCCUUUAAUCUGAUUUUUGAUGAAUAUUGAAAACAUUUACUUUAACCAACAUGACUUAUGAUUGUGAUUCCAAUUAUUAUUUUUUUUAAUCUGGUGAUGGUUUUUAUUUCCAGGUUUCCUCUCAUUUCAGAAGACAGUCAAUUAUCUCACACCUGUACCUGGUGGGAGGGAAGGGGAUCAGCAACAGUAGUUCUUGUGGAAAAGCUAACAACUGCUCUGGUUAAAACAUUUAUGGGGACUAUGAAUAAAAUGUAAAAUGUCAUGCAUCAGUUCCAGAGCCUUGUCCAGUCCCUGUGGUGGACAGGGAUGUUGUUCCUCCAGCAGUGGUUAAGGUGGUGGAUCUGGCCUUUGGGCGGGAACACAGCUUGGCCCUUUCAGCCCAGAACGAGCUCUGGGCAUGGGGCAGUGGCUGCCAGCUUGGCCUGGUUACCAGCACCUUUCCUGUAUGGAAACCUCAGAGAGUAAGUUUACUUCUAUGCACCUGACAAAUUCAUACUGAUGGGCUUUCUAAUGUAUUGGUACUACUACUCAGGUGGAGCACUUAGCAGGCAGACAUAUACUCCAGGUAGGUCCACAUUCUCAUAUCCUUACUGCCAAAUGAAAAUGAUAAAACAUACUUGUUCUGAGUCCAGAAACACUGUCUUAAUCUCUACAGGUGGCAAGUGGCGCGUACCACAGCUUGGCCUUAGUCCGCAGUUUACCUCGAAAAAAGGUCAAUACUAAGAAUCCCGAGAAGAGGGAGCAAAGCCAGUCUCUGCAGUCCUUUUUGACAGAGAGGGAUGAAUUAUUGGCAACUGACACUGGUCACUACUGUCCACUUGGAUUGGAGCUAACAAAAGCCAUGUCAUGGGAGGUAAACAUGGUCUGGGAAUGACAAACUCGAGGAAAAAAUGAGUGUCAAUAUUGCAGAAUCCAGAGGUUGACUUUUAAACUAGCCACCUUUGUAAUCAAGUAGCUCAGUAGCUUCCUUUACUAUGUCACAGCCCACUUUCAGCUGUUACUUUUGCUUAUUGAAGGGGUUUUGCCUCUGUGGUGUGGCUGACAUCCCUUUUGGUUUACAUUUCCAGACCCCUCCAAGAAGGAGAAGUUCCAGACCAAGGUUCCAACAGGGUGAAAUGCCACCUGGCAGUAUCACUUCUACCAAGCUUGAGCUACAUGAACACACUGACCAACUUACUCAAGUAGACAGCGGCCACUUGUCCCGCUCCCUGCCUGUCUGUACUAAUAAGGAAUCAAAUUUCCCAUAUGACAUGGAGCUUCAGGGUCUUGUCCAGAAAAACUCAAGAUACCUAUUGGACUGCAGUGUAGGGCCCGGAGACAACAACUCACUGAGCAGUUACACUUCAGGUUAGAAAUCAGUUUUGGCUUCAGAGACCUCUUUGAUUGUUAAAUUACAUGUUAAAUUAUUUUCAGAUGAUUUUUUCAGAGCUUUUUAUGGCUGUUUUUUUGUUUGCCUGCUGUAUUUUUCCUUUGUUUUUACCAUUAAUCUCCUCAGAAGACAGCUGUGUUUCUUCAAUUCCACCUCCUGAUCUUUUCACUGCCAGUUACAAAGAUGACUUAGCAAUUAAAAGCCAAACAAACAGGUAAGAAUUAGAUCAGUUAGCAUUUAAGAACUGAUUUAGUGUAUCAGUGAUAUCGCCAUAUGUUUAAUCACAGGGUAAAAACUAAUGGUCAUUUUAUUUUAGGAAUGCAGAUACAGUGUAGGUCAGGAUCAUGGUGGUAUGUGGAAAAGUAUGUAUCUGCUGCUUUGUAUUUCAUCCUAAACUCUACAGUAACAGUGGAGAGGCCUGGCCAUACUCCUCCUCCCCAACAUGUUUGGAAGAAGUUCAACUUUUUCUCGCGGCAGAGAAGCGGGCGUUACAGGGGCAGAAGAGCUCGAGUCUUACAAAUAUAAAUCAGAGGGGGAAAGCCGUACACAGGAGACGCUCCCUGCCAGGAACUCCCGCACGUGGUAGGAAUCAUUUAGAUUAGAUUAAAGUAAAUUAAAAAAGAUUAGAUUAGAUAAGAUUAAAUAAAAUUUGAUCAGAUUAAUAUAUUAAUAAUAAUACUUGAUUCUUGAUAUGACUUUAUUUAUCCUUUUGGGAAGGUUUCCUCAAGGAAAUUGAAAUUCCAACAGCAUAUUUACAGAAAAGAAAAAAGUAUAAUCAAUCGUACAAUAUAUAUAAAGAUUUAAUAACAACUUACUAACAUUUGCUCAUUUAACCCCUUUCAAGGCUAAGAUGUUAAUGAUAAUACUUGACUCUGCCGUAUUUAGUCAUUUAGUCUUGGCCAUAAGCCAAGUUAAUUGUGAAAAGUAAAAGAAGUCUUUCACUCUAAAGUGUAACAAUAGUUGGUUGCAUGCUUUAAAGAUGUUUAUUUGUAUUUGACUUCAAGGAAAAUACACAAAAUGUACAUUAACCAACAGUAAAUGAACUUCCUUUCACAAGCCAGGUUAGCUGUCCUCUUGCAUGUUAGCGUAACUGCUGGCUACAUCUUUAUAUUAAGGGUGAAGUUAUGUGAUGUGGAGAUUUUUCUCAUUUAGCUCAAUUUUCAAAGUCAAGUUUAUCUUAAUGUCUAAGACCGAUGAAAGUCUACACUUUAACCACGGAGCAGGAAAUGUUAUGUUUAACAUGUUUAACACACACUGAUGGCAAAGGCUGCUCAGUUUGAGUCCAUCAGUUUGACUAAUUCCAUUCACACACGGCUGGGCGAAGCCUACAAGGGCAGUUGGGGCUUAAGGGUCUUGCCCGAGGACAAUUUGGCAUGUGGAUAGCAGGACCUGGUAUUGAACCCCUGACCUUCCAGUUAGGAAACAACAACUGUACUACUGACCCACAACAGCCCCCUACUAAGAUGAACACAAAUGAUGUCCUUUUAUAUUGUGCACUCCGACAGUAUCUCAAAUGUACUAGUUUUAAUGGUUUAGUUAAGUAGCACAAUGCUGUCAAGUGGGUUUACCAUGAGAAGAUCUGUUCCCUUUCAGGGUCCCCUAGACAACAAAGGGCUUGUGCUUGCAUGUCAUCCUCUGUUUGUCAAAACCACACUGUGAUGUCGGACAAUGCUGGAGAAGAGCUGCCAUCUCUGGAGACUGAAGUAUGGAGCUGGGGCCGUGGGUCUGAAGGGCAACUGGGCCAUGGAGAUCAGCUCGCAAGGUCUGGUCUCAAUCACACACUUACUGUAGAUAUGCACCCACUACUUAUCAUCAGAUCAUGAAAAAUACACCUGUGCAGUCUCCUGUGUUUACAAACUGUUACUCUGUGUGUGUGUGUGUGUGUGUGUGUGUGUGUGCGUGUGUGCGUGCGUGUGUGUGUGUGUGCGUGUGUGCGUGCGUGUGUGCGUGCGUGUGUGUGUGUGCCCAUUUGUGUCCAGACUUCAGCCUCUAUGUAUCGAGUCCCUGACAGGUGAGGAGGUGAUCAAAGUGGCUGCUGGUUCACACCAUUCUCUGGCUCUCACUGCCCACUGUCAGGUGGGUCAGAGACACAGCACGAACACAUGUUAACACUCAAAUGUACAGUACAGGCCAAAAGUUUGGACACACCUUCUCAUUCAAUGUCUUUUCUUUAUUUUCUUAUAUGACUAUUUACAUUGUAGAUUAUCACUGAAGGCAUCAAAACUAUGAAAGAACACAUGUAGAAUUUUGUACUUAUAUAAACAUGUUUUAUAUUCUAGUUUCUGUAAAGUAGCCACCCUUUGCUCUUGAUGACAGAAGUACUUAGUGACGUAAACCUGACAAGGCACACCAGUGAAGUAAAAACCAUUUCAGGUGACUACCUCAUGAAGCUCAUUGAGAGAACAGCAAAAGUUUGCAGUGCUAUCAAAAAAGCAAAGGGUGGCUCCUUUGAGGAAUCUAAAAUAUAAAACAUGUUUUCAGUUAUUUCACACUUUUUUUUAAGCACAUGAUUCCACAUGUGUUCAUUCAUAAUUUUGAUGCCUUCACUGAGAAUCUACAGUUUAAAUAGUAAUGAGAAUAAAGAAAAUGCGUUGAAUGAGAAGGUGUGUCCAAACUUUUGGCCUGUACUGUAUGAUCCUAAUCUUCACCUUAUAUUUCACAGGUGUAUUCAUGGGGUAGCAACAUGUGUGGACAGCUUGGUCAUGUCAACAGUUCUGUCACAAUUCCUCAACUUGUGAAGGUGUGGAACAUGUCAUUCAUUUAAUCAGUGCUUUAUCAAAGUUACAGUUUAUAAUUUGUUUGGUGUGAGCUGCUUACAUUGGAUAUAAAAAGUCUACACACCCCUGUUCAACUGCCAGGUUUUAGUGAUAUAAGAAAAUGACAGCAAGAUAAAUAUAUUUCCACCUUUAAUGUGACCUAUAACCUGUACAAUGCAAAAUUGAAAAACAAACUGAAACCUUUUAAGGGGAAAAAUAAAAAAUAGAAAAGUAAAAACAACCUUGUUGCAUAAAUAUGCACACCCUUAAACUAAUACUUUGUUGCAGCACCUUUGGCUUUUAUUACAGCACUCAGUCUUUUGGGGUAGGAGUCUAUCAGCAUCUUGGCACAUCUUGAUGUGGAAAUAUUUGCCUCCAAAUCUGACAGAUUGCGAGGGCAUCUUCUAUGCACAGCCCUCUUCAGAUCACCCCACAAAUGUUCGAUGGGAUUUAGGUCAGGGCUCUGGCUGGGCCGUUCCAAAGUCUCAAUCUUAUUACGGUGAAGCCAUUCUUUUGUUGAUUUAGAUGUGUGCUUUGGGUCAUUGUUGUGCUGUUGUGCUAUCAAAGCCCGGCUUAAUAUUGAAAUCUCGCAAAUGCAUGUGGGAAAAUGUGUUAUGGUCUGAUGAAACCAAAGUUGAACUUUUUGACACAACUGCAAAAGGUAUAUUUGGCGCAAAAUCAACACUGCUCAUCACCAAAAGAACACCAUAUCCACAGUGAAGCAUGGUCGUGACAGCAGCCAGUACUACACAGUCAGUACUUGCCAGAAAUUCCUGCAGCUCCUUCAGUGUUGCUGUCGGCCUCUUGGUAUCCUCCCUGACCAGUUUUCUUCUUGUCUUAUCAUCAAUUUUGGACGGACGUCCUGUUCUUGGUAAUGUCACCGUUAUUUUCUCCACUUAAUGAUGACGGUCUUUACUGUGUUCCAUGGUAUAUCUAAUUCCUUGGAAAUUUUUUUGUAGCCCUCACCUGACUGAUAUCUUUGAAUAAUGAGACCCCACUGAUGCUUUGGAAGCUCUCUGCGGACCAUGGCUUGUGCUGGAAGAUGUGGCUACAAAAAUGUCAGAAAAGGCUUUUAGAACAGCUGAACCUUAUUUGGAGUUGAUCAGAGGCACUUUAAUUGGUGACAGGUGUGUGCUGACUCCAAUUUAACCUGAGUUUGAAUGUUAUUGGUUAAAUCUGAACACAGCCACAUCCCCAGAUAUUAAAGGGUGUGCACACUUACGCAACCACAUGAUCUCAGUUGUUUAUUUUUACUUCACCUCCCUGAAAGAUUCCUGUUUGUUUUUCAAUUGUGUUGUACAUGUUAUAGGUCACAUUAAAGGUGGAAGAAGUUGUGAAAUUAUUCAUCUUGAUUUAAUUUUUUUACAUGACAAAAACCUGGCAGUUGAACAGGGGUGUGUAGAAUUUUAAUAUCCACUGUAUAUUAAUGCAAUGAGAAAAUAAAAGAGAAAGAAUGAGGCAUUAUUUAGGCUAUUGCACUCCAGUUAGAAUGGAUUUAUACACAGUAAAAAAAAUAUGACUUAACAUUUUACCAAAUGAGCCUACAUGAAAGCCUGUAAAUCUCCUAAUUGCACACUGUUUUUUUGUUGAUGGGCCACUCUAGCUGUCUGAUCAUCUCCGAGUUUGGGACAUCUCAGCAGGUCAGAGUCAUUCCCUUUUUCUCGCUGAUGGAGACUGUGUCCAGCCAGUCCUGCUGUACUGUGGUCAGCAACUCCAGCCAAUGUCAGUGCAGAAUGAGAGGUUAAAGAAAGGUCAAAGGUCAUGUCAGAGGUCACCCAACAGAGCAGAGAGUUAUACAAUUAGACCUACUCUGCUGCCUUUCUGCACGGAGGUUCGUAUACGUAUGUUCGUAUAUGUAAUAUUGAUGCUGUUCUGAGCAUUAUUUGUGCCUAUAGAGUGGCGUUUUGGUUGAGGUUUGUGUGUGGCUCCUCAGACCGCUGUGUAUUGCUAUCGUGCGGUUGUUACCAAAGUUGGUGUAACUAGAGAAGCAAGCGGUCGGCAACAUUCAUCUCUCGAGGGGGUGUCUAACUCUCUGUGUUACGGUGUGUUUGACCCUAAAUUAAUUGUACGCCGGAAUAUCCCUUUGACAAAGUAACCAAAGAGCAUGGUGGGCUACCGUUAUAACCCCACCUCAUGUUGGCAGCUGCAAUCUUACCUAAACCAAAUUUAAUUUUGCCCCUAUGGUACACUUUCACCCCAAUGAAAAAUUAGGGAAACCCAGCUAAUUUAGGCAAGGAAAUAUUAAAAGUGUGUGAAAAGCCAAGGAUUCCUUUCAAACAGGGAAACACAUCAAGUUACCUGAGCACGUUACCAUUCAGCUAUCAUGGCUAGGCUGCUGCCCUCUCCAGCAGAAAGAUGCAGAGCUUGCUAUAGCCCGGUGAACAACAAAAUAAAUAAUAAUGAUAAUAAUAAUGCAGAAACUUUAAAGAAAUAGAACUUGAACUUGAAGGGGGGUAUAACAAAAACUGCAAAAUUACAAAAGUGGACUCCAUACUGCAUGUAUGCAAAGUUUCAAAUCACCAGGUAAACGUAUGUUGUCAUAAUCUUAGAAAAUAGAUGUAAACUGCUCAAAUUUAGGACAAACGCCCCAAAAUUGGAACGGCCUGCGUCCAACAGCAUGUGAAGUGACACCCACAGCAGAGCAGUGUAACCACGAGGGGUGGGAAUCUUCAGGCACCUCACAAUUGAUUACAGUAAUAUUGAGAAACAGUGUGAGGAAUUUAUUUCUGUUAUCUUUUUUAAACCAAUAGAAAUGUGUUAACUGGAAAGUUACAACUGCAUUGUUGAGAACAAGAGGUAGCUAUAUCCUUGCCGUGUGACAUAUCUUGAAUUACAAAUAUGAAAAAAAAGUCCUUGAUUACAUAUUUAAGAACAAAUGUGAACUAAAUCUUACUUUUAUUUGCAAUAUAGCAUUCAGACAAGACAAAAUACCAAAAUUAAUGACAGCAUUUUGUAGAAAAUAUGUAACAUAUAGAUCUGUUAUGGCAGCCCAACAAAAGUUUCAAGCAAAAAUGUGAACUUAUGUACCAGCAGCUCAACAAUAGUGAUUUCAAAUUUUAGUGAACAUUUAACAAAAAAAAGCUGCCCUUAUUUACAAAUACAAUAUUUGCUUCUGUACCAGCAGCUCAACAAUUAAACUUUCAAACGUAAGUAAACAAGUAACCGCUGCCCUUACUUACAAAUGAGUUGGACCUCAAUUUCAAACAAUAUCCUGAGCACAGGAUUCUUCAGGCAAAACAUAAUAAUGAAAAUCCUUUUUAAAAUAGCUCUCAAUGGGUGGAAUAGCAUUGGAAUGGAAUGUUGUAUCCCAGUGUGUUGGUUUAACAGGUGUUGGGUUAACUGGUGACACUCCGACAGAUGUUCAAGGAGUGUGGCUCUUAAGGACCUUUGUUUACAUUCUGCAUAACAUUCAUCGACCAAUUACACCACUUGCUACUGUAUCAUCAAUUUAUAGGGCCUUUUGAGGCCUGUGUUACUGUGAGUAGCACUCACAGUACCACAUACGGUAUGAAAUUGUCUGUGGAAUGUGUUAAACUACAGCAUAAGGUCAAGGGUACUCCACAUGUUACCUGCGUUUACUCUUUACAGUAUGUACACCUCGCUUGUUGGUCGCAUCCAAUGUGUUUGUUAACGUCUUCACACAUUAUGAUCCUAGUUGUAAAUAAGUAGAAACUUAACGCUUGAUGUCAACGGCGAUGUAUUGCUAGUAAUAUCCCUUUCUUAAAUGUGGAACAGCGUCUGCUGUCACCACUCGUACUAAUUGCAGACAACGUAAAAUCAAACCGUGGAUCACCGCGAUCCGUCUUAGUGGACCAGCCAAUUGUACUCUUCAUUGUGAUCAUCACUGAUCGGUGGAUUUGGGAUAAUUUGCACAUGAAGGCCCAUAAACACAGUGAAAUCAGACAAAAAGGUCAAAGGGAUGCGUUAAAAAUACACUGGACAGAGGUCUUCUUUGAGGCGUGUUUGGGGUUGUUGUUGUAGAUAUAGAUAUAUGUGUAUAUGUAUAGAUAUAUAUGUAUAUAUAUAUAUAUAUAUAUAUACACUCACCGGCCACUUUAUUAGGUACACCUGUCCAACUGCUCGUUAACACUUAAUUUCUAAUCAGCACAAGCUCAUCGAAAUUGGACAAUAGAAGAUUGGAAAAACGUUGCCUGGUCUGAUGAGUCUCGAUUUCUGCUGCGACAUUCGGAUGGUAGGGUCAGAAUUUGGCGUCAACAACAUGAAAGCAUGGAUCCAUCCUGCCUUGUAUCAACGGUUCAGGCUGGUGGUGGUGGUGUCAUGGUGUGGGGAAUAUUUUCUUGGCACUCUUUGGGCCCCUUGGUACCAAUUGAGCAUCGUUGCAACGCCACAGCCUACCUGAGUAUUGUUGCUGACCAUGUCCAUCCCUUUAUGACCACAAUGUACCCAACUUCUGAUGGCUACUUUCAGCAGGAUAAUGCACCAUGUCAUAAAGCUGGAAUCAUCUCAGACUGGUUUCUUGAACAUGACAAUGAGUUCACUGUACUCAAAUGGCCUCCACAGUCACCAGAUCUCAAUCCAAUAGAGCAUCUUUGGGAUGUGGUGGAACGGGAGAUUCGCAUCAUGGAUGUGCAGCCGACAAAUCUGCGGCAACUGUGUGAUGCCAUCAUGUCAAUAUGGACCAAGCUCUCUGAGGAAUGCUUCCAGCACCUUGUUGAAUCUAUGCCACGAAGAAUUGAGGCAGUUCUGAAGGCAAAAGGGGGUCCAACCCGUUACUAGCAUGGUGUACCUAAUAAAGUGGCCGGUGAGUGUAUAUAUAUAUAUAUAUAUAUAUAUAUAUAUACUACAGGCCACUACAAGUUUGGGAGCAAGGCCAUUACAGGCCGAACAGUUGGGAGUAACUUUAAGUUUUUGUUUACAAUGCUUUUCUUAAAAUCCAGCAUGAGUUUUAUGUAUUUUGGGAUGUAUUUACUCCAUGAUCAGAUGUUGCUUUCAUGGGAAUGCACCAUUUUAUUCCAUUUACCUUCAGAUAUACAUUGAUGUUAACGGAUCAUUGCUAAAUAUAUGUCAGCAAAAGAUAAUAAGGGCUUAGUUUUAGGGUUGAAAACAUUUGCAAGAGUCACAACUUCAGUGCAAAAGCAAAAAAACAAAUCACAGUUGGAUUAUUCACUUCAACUUUUUGGCUUUUGAGAGUCUGCAGACAAAAAUCCUAAUAAAUCUCAACUGCGUUCAAACUACCGCAAAAAUGGAAGCAACUGAGUAAAGAAACAAAAGAACAGAUUUGUACAUUGAGAAAAGAAGGAUACACAGAAAGAGAAAUUGCAAAACGCCUAAAGGUGUUUAACAAAGGAGUCCACUGCACUCUGAAGAGACUAGAGGAACCUGGAAGUUAUGAUGAUAGAAAAAGACCUGGACAAAAGAGGAUUACUACAAAAGCAGAGGAUAAACAUAUUAUUGUCAUCAGGAAGAGAGAUCAGCGAAAAACAGCAAAAUAAGGGAGGAGAUCAACAUGACAAGGUUGAAACCCAUAUCUCUGACAACCGUGAAAUGAAGUUUGAAAAAGGCUGGUCUGAAGGGUUGUGUAUCUGUAAAAAUAACACUACUUCGUCCACAGAACAAGAAAAAAAGAUAUGAGUGGGCAAAAGCUCACAAAAAUUGGACCUAUGAUGACUAGAAACAAGUUUGCACUAUUUGGUUCAAAACGCAGAGUCUAUGUCUGCAGACAAACUGGUGAACGUCUGAAAGCACCAUGUGUUACACCCACAAUUCAGCAUGGAGGUGGUAGUUCCAUGGUAUGGGGAUGUUUUGCAGGUGAUGGAGUAGGAGAUUUGUUUGGGGUAAAGGUUAUCAUGAAGAAGGAAAAGUACCACUCCAUCCUCCAGCACCAUGUUGUUCCUGGACUCAGACUUGUGGCUCAUAAGUUUUUGCAGUAAGACAAUGACCCGAAGCACUCUGCCAAGCUCUGUCAGGGUUACCGAGACAAAAAAGAAGAGGAAGGUGUUCUUCAAAAGAUGGUUUGGCCCCCUCAGUCUCCUGACCUCUCUCCAAUUGAGCUUGUGUGGGAUGAAUUGGAUCGAUCGGUCAGAAAAACGCGUCCCAUGAAUCAGCAGUCUCUUUUUAAUGAACUUUUUUAAUGAAUCCCGAGAACAUACCUUAAAAAAACUGCUAAGCUGUUGUUAAAGCGAGGUUACUUUAAAGAAAGCAAAGUCUAAGCAACAAUAACUCAAAUACCUAAUAAUUAUAGUCAAAAUGUCUUCUAAGUUACUCUUUACACAAUAGUCAUGUUUAUUGUGUUGCAAAUUAUAUAUAUGAAACUAUGAUCUUUUUUUGUACAAAUCUGAUCUUGCUUCCAAACUUUUGGCCUGUAGUGUAAAUAUACAUUAAUACAUACAAAUAUGUAGAAAUAUAUAAAAGGACAUAUUCAAAGACAUAGCUAAAUCAAUUAUUUUUUUAUACACCACCGUGAAAAAUGCAAGGCUUUUUUUUUUUAUCUAAAAAUCUAAAAAUCAUGUCAAGCUAUUAAUGAGGUAUCAGAAGUAUAGAGUCUAAAAAUAUGCAUGAUACUCCCAUUCAAACUUCACAUCUUUCUUUUGGGUGUCUGUACAUUUAGGUGGGUUACAGUAGCAGUGUGUGUUGUGGUGGUUCAAGCUGUGCAGUAUUGGCAGACCAGAAUGUGAUGGGUUUCAUCUCAGCCAUCCAUGAGCUGGCCUCCAGAGAGAGACAGUUUUUCUGCUGGUCAAGCAGCAUCAAGAAACUUCUCCUCACACCGCUACGCAGCAGAGGUCAGAGAUUUGAUUAAACUGUCCUCGCUCUGUAAAUCAAAUUCUGCCUCUUUUACUGGUUUUAAAAAUGUGCAGUUGAAUAUUUUCCUUCUAUAUCUAAAUACAGUGAUGACUUAGAAAUAUUGGCUCAAUUUCGGCAAGUCUUUUGUGCUGUAGUGGUGCGUACAUAAACUGAGUGAAUGUGUGUGCUUGUGCUCUCCUUCUCAGAGAGUGUCUGUCCAUCAUUAGGGGAGCCACAUACUCAUCUCUUCUUUUGUCUUCAUGAGAGUUUCAUCCGUCUUAGCCUCCUGAUUGGUCGUCAUUCCACGUCACUCAGCUACUUCCUGCACAAUGUGCAAAGACUGGAUGUCACUUCUCUUCCUCUGCUGAUGCACACUGAGCACUUUGUGGACUUUUAUAAAGAGUAAGUGUGUCUCACAAAAACCCGUACUUCAGUCAUUCACAUAUGUUCAUGAGCUGCUAGUUUAUUAUAUUUACUCUUUUUUGGUCCCCCUGCUUUUAUACAAUUGGUUGAAUAUAUUUUUUACCCAGUGUCCCUUUUCUUGUUUUUCAGGUUGCUGUCAUUUGCAUUGUGUUCAUUUCAUUUCUUGUGGAACAAUAUGUAAUUAUUUUACAGUAACUGUGAAUUUACUUUUACAACACAAAUCAUUUCCAAGGCACAACAUAUUUGUCAUAUGCUUUGGCAGUUAAUAAAUACAAGUGAGGUCUGGUUAUACACCAGCCUUUUAUUCUUACAAUAUUAACACCCACGGGCUGUCUACUAUAUCAGCACUCCAUGACUAUAUGACUUUGUUUCUGUGCACACAUUUUAGUGAAGUUUUUACGGAAUGCAAACAUGAAAAAUGAAGUUCCACUAACCAUUGGUGUUAGAAUUAAGCUUUAUUGCCUUGUAUAAGACAAACAAGGGAGGAGGCAUGUUAAAUGGAAUAAUUAAAAAAGGACAUUGUAAUGGUUCUUUAAAAGUAUUGACUGGAAAAAAACUCUUAACUGGAGCCUCUUCCUCUCGUUGGAUCUUCAGGUAUUGUUCUUCAGUCUGUGAUUUCCAGGUGAUGGGUGGAUUCCAGGCAUUAGAGAAACUCUCACUGUGAGCAUAUGUAAUUUUUCUUGCGUUGUUCUUUGAGUAGUUUGUCUUACCUAGCGGGGUUUUCCUCCCAAGAUGUAAAUGAAUGAGAUAAAACUGAAUUUUAUUGCAGAAAGCUACAAUGGCAAUGAUCCUCAAUGACUACUCUUGACUAUAUUGUUUAAAAAAAUAAUGUUUAGUCCUGGUGAUCAUGACCCGGCUCAUGGUAAACCAUCGGUUCCUCUGUUUAUUUUAUUAAGAUCAAACAGUACCCAUAAAAGGCCUUACCACCAGUCUGUGAAGAAAAAAAUAUUAAACAGCAUGCCAACAGUGGGGGUGAAAAACUGCACAUACAUACACAUGCAGUGCUUUAUUUCCUUUUGGUUUUUCUUUCUGUCUUUAAGUGAAUGUUUAGGCUCUCAGCAGGCUGUGCUGGCUCAGCUGAGUGUGCCGGACCAAUCUGCUGGUGGGGAGGUUGAUCUGGGUUCACUGUUAUACUGGCCACUGCAGCAGCUCCACCAGUACAGCAGAGUCCUACUCAAACUGGCAGCCUGUUAUGAUGUGGUGAGGCUAAAUUUCCCCCUCAGUCAGUGUGCUUCUUUCUGUUUUUUCCCUUAUCUGAACUUUUUAUGUUCCUCCUUUUUUCAUGUGUUUACCUUUCUUACUACAUUUCAGAAGAUCUCAAUUUCCUGUGAUUGAGUAAUUCUGGGUAUUCAAAAGCACAGCUACAAUUCUCUCCUUUUACUCUGUUUUUUGUCUAUAUGCAACAGAUGGUAAGGGUACUUACAUGAGAUGCCAAUUGUUCCUGACUGAGUCAAGACUUGCCAUACUGGGAAUUAGAACAAACUGCUGUCCUGUAGCUGCUUCAGAGCUGCAGAUUAGAGAGGCUUUAAGACUGUUCCAACAAUCUCUGGACAUGUUAAUCUGUUCUUCAAAUUAAAUAUCUGUAACAGAAAAGGGGCACAACAAACUGAGAUCCUCCCUUUGAUUCUCUGUAGGGUUUUAGUUACCACCACACUCUCUCUCUGCAUCUUUCUAGGCGGUGCCACGAUCCUCACAUCUUAUUGUAACUUCAUGGUUUUUGUUUGCCCAAGGUCUGAAAAUAAAAUGGAUUUGUUUUAAAUAUCCGGUAUUCUUCCUUGUCCUCUUGCUUUUUCUCCCUCCUACAGUUAACUACAGAGUAUCAAUCCCUCCAUCAGGGCUGUAGUCAGUAUGAAUCCCUGUCUCUGUUGCUGACCAAAAGGAAAAAAGAAGCUAAAACCACCCUCCUCUUUUGGACGGACCAUUCAGGAAAACCCAGUGUGAGUACGACUACAUCUGGGCUUCUUAAAAUGUUUUUUUUUUCUCUGAUUCUGCAUAAUGUGAUGCAAGUAAAGCUAAUGUAUUUGUGAUAAAUCCUCACCCUUUCAUUUAUCAAACACAACUGUCUGUGUGUUUCUUUUUAAUGAGGUAUGGGAGGUUGGUAUAUUUAAGUAACUGAAGACCAAAUCAAACUGUAGAUGAGUUGCUGCUAUAUGGAGUGUAUUUCAUUUCUCAGUGAGAAACAGCAGCUUUUGUGAAAAUGUGCCAAAAAGCUGUGAUAUUUAACAAGAGGCAUAUAGACCUAACCAAGAAAAUAUAAAUGUAAAAGUGUUGAUAGACUGAGGAAUGUGUUUUCAUUAAGGCAUCAUGAUCUUUCUCUGGAUCGACUUUCAGGCAAAUGGGGCAGGAAUUCUGUCAGAGUGUACAGCAAGAUUAAUGUUAGUCAUAAAAAUGUGUACGUUUGGUCAUCAGGAGGUCCUGCGUCUCCCAAAACGCCGUGUGGUGUGCGAGAGCAGAAACAGGUCCCUGACUCUGCAGAAUGCUGGACGGUUCUCCAACCACUGGUUCAUACUGUUCAAUGAUGCUCUGGUGCAUAUGCAGGUACUCCUAUGCAAACACUUAACUCUGUGUAUAUCUGCUUCCUUUUGCUUUUGCCAUGUUUUACAUACAUGGUUAAUCUUUCUUGUAUCUUCAAUCACUCAGGGUGCCAUUCCCUCACAGAGCCUUGUGAGUAUAUUUGACAAUAGCUUACCUUUCCUGCAACCAGCAAACCUGUUCAACUACACUAAGCUUUGUGCUGCAGCAGCAUGGGGGUCUGGCCUCUAUUACACUGACAGGUUUACAAGGAUAAAGCUACACUGUAACACAGGACGUUAAAAUAUUAAAGGGUCUGAACAACCUCAUACAAGUUGAGAUUUACUCUGCUUGGAGGAGGCAUGCUAGUAUUUAGAACAGUCAAGUUAGGUUACUUAAACUACACUAAUUCUUAUCAAUCUUCAUUUGAUGCAACCUUUGAUAUGACUUCUGUCCUGUGUUCACAUUUUCUUUCAUAUUGACCUGAUGGCUUAAUCUGAUUUUAAGCUGUCAACUGCUGUUCAUGGGGCUGUAACUUUGAACAUGUUAACAGCACUGGCACCAGUUAAUCAGUGGUGAAAACAAAUUAGGUAAGAGUUUGAGUAGCUUGUAGUGGUAGGCAAUAUAUAUCGCCUACGAUACUGCCGUAAACAUUGCUUUGACAAUGUGCAUUUUUAAGUUAUCGAGUAUUCAUAUUGUCUCAAAACGAAAACAAAUGGACGGUGCAUUUAAGUCCUCAUUCUCUGAAUGCAUGCCUCAGAAGCCAAUCAGCAGACAAGAUUCAGUCACGUGGCGAAGUGGCAACCAAAACAUAACAUGGUCUCACAUGGAGAUAAGAUGCAAGAGUCUCCCAUCCCAGGGGUUGAUUUAAUAGCGAAACAUGGUUCCACGCUCCUAGCCUGAAUAUGGUUGGGGUUUGACAAGACUGAUGUAGGUCAAAAUACCAUGAUCUGUAAGACAUGCCGAAAAAUGGUUGCCAUGAAGAGCAGCUCAACAACAAAUCUGUUCCACCACUUGCAAAUGAAGCAUGCAAAAGAGUAUGAGGAGUAUGUAAAACUUUGCAACUCCACAAGCACAACUACCGCUAAAUUGGUUGUUGUAACACAGUGUGUAGUGACUGCUCAAUGACACUACUGAGCAGUCAUUACACACUUCAUAAAAAUGGAAAACACAAACCUCAGGAUAUGAAACUGUAGAGAUUAUUGUUCACAGUGAGCUGAAGGAUUUUUUUUAAUCCUCUAUGAAUUAAGUGCCUGUGCACAGUAAAAAUAAAUUAAAAUAUGAAUGAGAAGCACAUUACAGUGUGAACCACAAUAACAAACUCAAGUGCUUACAGUAUCUACAAUCAUUUAGCCACAGCGUCAUGUCGACGUGCUGGGUCAGGCCACAGGACUUUAUCUACAUUACAGGCCCUAUUGACCAUGUAACGUGGAAAAACCCCUCUGAAGUGCGCCACAAAUGUGAUCAAUUUUGAGUAAUUGUGUUUAAGCUGUGACAUCUGCGCUUUAAAUAUGAUCAACUUUUGCUACCUGUGCUCACCACUAUGCAACACAAGUGCAUCACAGUCCACAAUAUGUUUAAGUAAGAGAGAAUGUGUCCAAGUUUUGUCUAACCAGGUGAAAAGUGCAUAUAGCUUAAAGAGUGACUGAUUCAAUCAAUGGGUUCAUGUCACUGAGCAUUUGAUUUGGUCCAUGCCUAUCAUUAUAUUUUUAGUCAAGUGUUAAUUCUGCAUUGAAAUUAUUCACAUAUAAUAUUAGAAUAUUUAUGAAAAAAUCAUGGAUUAAACUGUUUUGCAGCAUUUGAACACAGGGUCUAUUAACAUUUGUUUGCUCCCACAUUCACUACAGCCCUUUUUGUCCUGAGUUUAAGUCAAAAGUUUGACAUACUGACAGGUAUUCACAAAAUAUACAAACUGUUAAUCUGUUUCCACCUGCAGUUCUCCACACAUCAUGUCUAUCCUCUGACCUGUCUGUGGGUGAAACCAGUGACAGAUGACAGCAGUGAACUGUGAGUUGGUUGUUUUACAACAAGUACUCAAAAUGACUAAAGUAACAUAGCAGUUCUGUGGGUGAGGGAUUAAGACAAUAAAAAUUGAUGAUCAUACUGGUGAUAAUAAACUAAAAAUUAGACAUCUUCAUGUCCAGAGCUGUACAGCUGUAGCCUUACCCUUGUUUCCUUAUCUCACAAAGAUGGGCCCAGUCUUAUGUAACCCAAAGUUUUAAUAGACACAUUCCAGCAGUCAUAUUAGGUCAUUGGUUUCAAGCUGAAACAGGUCCAGAAAACAGCAAACAUAACAGCUUUCAUUCUGUUUACACUCAGCUUGAAACAAACAACUCUUUAACACCAAAAAGUCCUGUUUAUAGAACUUUUUCCCUAACACACCUUUUUGAUGAAUUCCACUUUUUUUUUUUACUCUACUACACCAUCUUGAGGCUACUAUCAAGUGUUUCAAGGCACCCCUGCAGUACUGGGUAGUCGGCCCCAGUGGUUAUCUGCUUCAUGGAUGACACUGGUCUAUAAUGAAACUAUUAUUAAGAGUGAGUGUCUGCCAGAGUGAAAAGAGGCUUUUUAACAACACAACACAAGCUGAGAUAAAGCGUUACUUAGAAUAUAUUUUUAGGGCUUGUUGUCACCCCUGUGGUACGUGUACUAACUUCCUAAAACAUAAUGAAAGCAGUUAUCUCUUAUGCUGGCUCAUUUUUGCAAAACUUCAGUGAAAUAGAUUUAUUGAUUUUUGUGUCUCUGUUGUGUGUCUAUAGCUGUGCCAUUAAAAUUACAUGCCCAGAGGAGAGUUUCACCCUCGUAGCAUCGACACCACAAGAGAAGGUACAGUUAGUGUUGUAUACACUCAUUUAGCCAUUUAUUUCUUCCUCAAGCUUGAACUGAAGCUGCAGUUUAAAAAUCAAAUGUUUUCAUGCUCAGGCCCUCAAACAUUGGCUUUGGCUUUCUGUCUUAACUGUAAUGUAUUAGGUAUUUUAGAAUAUCUUAACAUCAUUUGGUGCACAGUGUUCAAGCACACUUGAAAAUUAUCAUCCUUGUCCAAGUAUUCUCUGUAUUCUCUUCUUUAAAACUUCACAAAUACUUUCUCUCUCUGUCUUUUCAGAACAAGUGGCUGCAAUAUUUGAACCAGGCACUGGAUCAAGCUCUGGGUGGUGGAGGUCAGGGAUCAUCUCCGGGUUUUACAGCAAUGUCUCGUACUGCUUCCUACAAGUUCACUGGAGAGGGACGGUUCAAAGAUGCCCAUUACAGCGGGGGCUGGCUGGUAGGACAAGUUCAUGGCAGGUUAGAGUUCAUGUUCGUGUAUCUCUUUUAGUGCAUGCUUGUGUGUGUAUGCCUGUAUUGUUAACACAAAUAAAGGCAUGAGUGAAACGCUAAACCUGUUGAAUUGCCUGCUUGUAUUGAAGUUUGGGCUUUACUUUAGCAUCUUGAGUGUUCUAAAUGCACCACAGGGAUGCAUUUUAACAAUGAAUUUUGUUGAAUUUUAAUAUGUAAUAGAACUGACUCUCUGUAGAAAGCUGAUAAAGUGCGAAAUGCGUUUCCCUUUACAGAGGCACCAUGAAGUGGACAGAUGGAAAGACCUAUAGCGGUAACUUUAAGAACGGACAGGAGGAUGGGUGAGUACUGGACCCAUCUCUCUACCCUGUGAUCAGAUCAUAAGAUGGUUUUGUACAGAAACAGAAUUAUGAAAUCAUCGGUGACUUGAACUGGAAACAUUUCUGUGUAUUUUUUCUUUUUUUGUCAUUUAAGCUUUGGACAGUGUAUAAUACCCAAUAAAACACAGAAUCAGCCAGACAUCUACCAGGGACACUGGAAAGAUGGCAAGAUCCACGGGUUUGGCAAGUACAAGUCAGUAUACAGAUUUUCAUGACCUUUUGGUGAAGGUCAACAGUAGCUUAUACCUUGUAUAACAAAUGUAUCCUCUAUCCAUUCAUGUCUAUUUGUGUUUCACCAAGGUAUGCCAGUGGAGAGGUGUACGAGGGCUGCUUCUGUGAGGGCAAACGACAUGGUUAUGGCAUGCUGAGUUCUGGCAAGCUGGAUAAGAAGUCCUCUGGGGUUUUCAUUGGCCAGUGGGUACACAACAAGAAGACGGGCUAUGGAGUCUAUGAUGAUAUCACAAGGUCUGUAAGAUGAACCCUCCUUAUGGUCAAGAAGCUUUUUGUAUUAACAAUAGGGUGUAGUUUUCAUUAGGUUUUUUCUUUUCAGUGUAGACUGAAACCCUGAAGACCAACUUAUGUUCUUGUUUUUCUGAUAUGAAUUUGAACACAGAAUUUUAUAAAAUGGUGAUCUGGAAAAGUCAUACAGUGACAGUAUACUAGGAGGGAAGGUUUGUCACGAAAGAAAGAAAGAAAGAAAGAAAGCUAGAUUGAUUGAUUGAUUGAUUGAUUGAUUGAUUGAUUGAUUGAUUGAUUGAUUGAUUGAUUGAUUGAUCGAUCGAUCGAUCGAUCGAUCGAUCGAUCGAUCCCAAACUGGGAAAUUCGCAUUCUAAGUGAAGUCAUGCUAAAUUUAAGUUAUGGUCAAACACACCUAGCACCGAGUUAGACAUCCUCUCAAUACGACUCCACACACAAACCUCAACCAAAACGCCACUCUAUAGCCACAAAUAAUGCUCAGAACAGCACCUGACUUCAUCAACAGGACAUGUAGGGUCCCAGCCAUAAUGCUAGCCAUCAAACAUCUUUUUAGCUUUGCCUGAUUUCUUUAGCAAAGAGACUAAAUGCAACUCACCCACUCUCCUCCAGCAGCCGCUUGUUUGUGGGGGAGCCCUGACGACUUGACCACCGAAUGCAGCAGAGUUUUGCAGUUCAACCUUCUCAGAUAUUUUUGUUGCACUUUGAGAAGCAGAUUGCUGGAGGUUUCAACAUGACGUAGUGCCUCAGCCAUUGAGCAAAAGUGAAUAAAGCAGCACCGUCCCUUCUAACCUGUACUGUCUGUCUGUCUAAACAUAGACUGUAUAUAGAAUGGACACCGUCUGCCUCCUCGCUGGGUGAAGCUGCCCCAUAGUCCAUAGUAUAUACAGUCUAUGUGUCUAAACAGAGCAAGGGCUGUGUGCACCAUUGGGAUGGAAUCAGGCGUCUUUUCCAUUUGUGCCAAGAAACCAAAGACACCAGUAAUAUAACAGAGCAGAGACAAACCUCCACAGUAUAUUUUCAGGGAGACCUUGUUUAUUUUACAUUUCUGUUCCCUGGGAAACAUCAACCUUGUUUUAAUUGGGUCAUUUUUUUAAUCAUCUACUGCAGAAUUUGGAAUUUCCCCUCAGAGAUAAAUAAGGUUCUUCUUAUCCUAUCUUAUCUUCGUUUUGCCCCCUUCCUGAUUUCUUAAUUUUUUGCAUGUUUCUAACACUUAAAUGUUUCAGAUCAUCAAACAAAUUUAAAUAUUAGUCAAAGACAACACAAGUGAACACAAAAUGCAGUUUUUAGAUGAAGGUUUUUAUUAUCAAGGGAGAAAAAACAUGGCCUACAUGGCCCUGUGUGGAAAAAAAGGAUUGCCCCCUAAAUCUAUUAUGUCGUUGGUCCAUCCUUGGCAGCAACAAGUGCGAUCAAGCAUCUUUGAUAACUUACAAUGAGUCUCUUACAGCACAGGGGAGGAAUUUUGGCCCACUCAUCUUUGCAGAAUUGUUGAAAUUAAGCGACAUUGGAGGGUUUUCGAGCAUGCACCUCAGUAGGAUUCAGGUCAGGACUUUGACUGGGCCACUCCAAAGUCUUCAUUUUGGUUUUCUUCAACCAUUCAAAGGUGGACUUGCUGGUGUGUUUUGGAUCAUUGUCCUGCUGCAGAACCCAAGUUUAUUUCAGCUUGAGGUCAAGAACAGAUGGCCUGACAUUCUCUUUCAGGAUUUUUUGGUAGAUGGCAGAAUUCAUGGUUCCAUCUUUCACAGCAAGUCUUCCAGGUCCUGAAGAAGCAAAACAGCCCCAGACCAUCACACUACCACCACCAUAUUUGACUUUUGACAUGAUGUUCUUUUUCUGAAUUGUGAUGAUGCUUUUAUGCCAAAUAUAAUGGGACACACACCUUCCAAAAAGUUCAACACUUUUUCACACCAAUUUAUAUAGAAUAAUUGUGCAACCCCAUUAUCUGGGCCAAACAGUAUGUAUUGUGAGCAUAAAUGGGAUGGCCAUCGUUAACUGCUUCCAUAUAUUCUUUCAAGAGGUGAGAAGUACAUGGGGCUGUGGCUGGAUGAGCAGCGGCAUGGCGGCGCUGUAGUUGUCACCCAGAAUGGUGUCUACUUUGAGGGGAUCUUCAAAGACAACAAGAUGAGUGUAAGUUAAUCCUGCUAGUGGAUAUUUUCUGACCUGGUUAUAUGUGCAGAGUGUCUGUGUUCACAGAGAUGCUUAGGAAGUGCUGGAGUUUUACAUGAUGACAGCCUUUUAUUCACUUAGUUUGAUAUGUAGUACCACCCAUGGAAGUGGUGCCACCAAGCUUUUAAUGUUUUUUCUCCUGAAGCUUAAAAUUUUUUUCCCAGUGAAAGAAAUGAAUUUGUUAAAGUCGAGUCAGUAAUGUCCUCUGUAGUUUUCUAUCCAGGAGAAAGUCACCCUCAGAUGACUCUAUGGGUUGUGACUUUGAUGUAACUUGUGUUUCUCAGGGUCCAGGUCUGUUGGUGUCAGAUGAUGAUACAGUUCUUCACGGGGAGUUCUCUGAUGACUGGACUGUCUCUGGAAAGGUUAGCUAGAUCUCAGCCACGUGUUUGUAUGUUCUUGAGCACUCUUUUCCUUUGUCCAUGUACAGAGAUGAUAUAACACAGAACUGAGUCUAAUUUUGGACCCAUCCAUGACUUCUCCACUCUUCAUCUUUAGGGUGUUUUAUCAUUUGCCAAUGGUGACUGCCUGGAGGGCAUGUUCAGUGGAAAGUGGACCACAGGUUUGAAGGUGGUUGGAACAUACACCAAGACAGGCAUUGAGAAAUCUGAAAACGAAGAGAAAAAACACCUUGCGUGAGUAUUAAUGAGUUACAAAGAAAAGAGUUGUACAUUUGUGUUAAGCAGCCAGUCCAUCAAGCUGUUCAGUUGUUUCUAUUUUGUUAUCCUGUCUUAUUAAGUACUUCUGGGGCGGCAGUAGCUCAGGAGGUAGAGUGGUCGUCCAAUAACUGGAAGGUUGGUGGUUCGAUUCCCCCCUAUCCCAAGUCUGUCCGUUGUGUCCUUGGGCAAGACACUUAACCCACCUUGCUCCCAGUGUGUGUGUCCUCCACUAGUGUAUGAUUGUGAGUGUUGUGUGGUGGUGGUCGAAGAGGCCGUAGGCGCAGAAUGGCAGCCACAUUUUCGUCAGUCUGCCCCAGGGCAGCUGUGACUACUAAGGUAGUUUACCACCACCAAAGUGUGACUGUGUGAGCGAAUGAAUGAUGUAUCCAAUGUAAAGCGCUUUGAGGGUCUCUGAUAAAGCGCUAUAUGAAAUCUGAUGCAUUAUUAUUACUCUGUGGCUCUUCAAAUGUUUUCAGUUGUGUGAUUAAAACAUCGUUUUGAUGCUGACAGGUCGUCAGAAACUGACAGGGAAAAGCUUUGAGGUAAUAAGGGUUUAUGAUGGUUGUGCAAUCUUAAAAAUGUUUCUUUGUGUGUGUUUAAAGGAAGCUGGGUCAGUAUGCGGUGCCUGCAGGCCAACACUGGGUUUGUGUGUUUGAUGCAUGUUGGAGCCGGCUGGGCUGUCAUGCUGCUGGGAGAGGAGACAGGACCACAGCCUGGGAGAACAUUGCUAUCAUAAUCACAGCUGCACGAAGACAGAGGUAGACGGACAGUUGUAGAGCUCUUAAUUGGGAUCCUCAUAGUCUUCCUGGGGUCCAUAAAGCUAAAUAAGUGCAUAUGCUUGUGUUUGUAGCCCAGACCUCAGCAGGUCUCAGUCCAAAAUAUUGGAGUCUUUGGAGUUCAUUCCUCAGUAUGGAAAACAAGUCACCACUGCAAACUAUGACAACAUACGAAGAUAUCUCAUCACGGUAUGCAUCAGCUGUGAGAAAAACUCUGUUUCAUAUCUGUGUUCUCAUAAUCAUCUCUGCAUUGAUUAGUUUGGUCAGAAGCAUUAUGUUUUAACUAGAAUGGCUGACGUGGACUCAGUUACCAGUUGUAAUUUAUCUCGGAGUUCAAUUAUAUCCUCAUUCUUUAUAUAUGUUGUAUAAUUGAUCAUUCCAUUUUUAUUUUCUAUAAAUAUGCUGUAUCUAAUGUAAUGUAAUCUAAUCUAAUCUUACUUAUCUAAUCUAGUCUAAUCUAAUCUAAUCUAAUCUAAUCUAAAGCUUCUUUAAAGUGGGUCAUGGUCCUUCAUGCUCCACACACUACAUGCUGUUUUGUUCAAAGCUUUACUGUAUCUCCUUGCGCUGUGUUUUUUUUAAUUUCAUUGUAACAGUGAAAUAUUCACGACUGUGUGCAUGUGUGUCUUGACCUUUCUUUCAUAGGCCUGUGAAACCCCUCACCACCCCCUGGGUUGGCUGGUGGAGACAUUAGUAACUGUUUACAGGAUGACUUUUGUUGGUGUGGGAUCUAACCGAAGGUUGCUGAGGCAGGCUGUUCAUGAAGUUCAGGCCUUCCUUACACAUUUCUACAGCAUUAUUCGGUAGGAUUAAGUCCUCAGCCCUUUAUUCUGUUGACCUGUUUCUGUUUAUUGCUCCCCUGUAUUUUUAGGGUAAACAUGAAGUCCCAAACAUGAACAAUGUAGUCUUCUGAUCUGUAGAGAUGUAAUCUUCUUAUGAAUCUGAGGGGGAACACUGAUAUUUCACAGGUUUCUGAAAUACCUAUUUAGUUAAACAGAAACUCACCGCUUCAGAGAUUCUUUUAUAAGAUUUUUCUGUUAAUGUAUCUCUGUUGUUUUUGAUUUGUACAAUAUGUGUCUAAAAAUGAAACAGAAUCAGAAAAUCAGCCCCAAGGGAUACUUUAUUCAUCCCCAGGGGAAUUCUGUUGUUACAGCAUUAUACUUGGUCUAAAAAUACAAAUGUUGGCAGAAGAAGAAGAGAAACAGGAACGAAUAAGAAUAUCGAAGAGAUUGCAACAGUUUGUAAAAAGUGCGGAAUAUUAGAAAUAAAGAAAUAAAGCUAUUGACAAAGCGCACAGUAUUGGAGAAAUUUGCUAUGUACAAGCAUAAGAGUGUAUACAAGACCAGUUUGUAGUGUAGGAUGUUGCACAGAGUAUUAUACAGUUAACAGGUAACAUAAUAUUGCAUAGCAUAGAUUAAAAACAAUAAUAAUGUUAUCAGUAUUGCACACUUAGAUUAUUGAGGUUUUGACCGGUUUACAAACACUGCACAAUUGAAAGUAAUUAUAUCCAGUGGAAAAGUUUACAGCCUCUACAUGAGAAUAAGUCCAGGGACAGUCAGAGUGUAUGACAUUCAAAGGAAGAAGUUAUAAAGUUUGUUGGCCAUGGGCAAGAAUGGCUUCUUGUGACGCUCUGUGGUGCAUGUAGGGGGAAUGAGGCUAGCACUGAAUGUGCUCCUGUGUUUGACCAUUUUGUUAUGGAGUCGGUGGUGGAUGCUGUCCAAGAUUACAUAUAGGUUUGAAAACCACUGUCAGAGUCUAGCUGUACCCCCACAAUAUCACUGGCUCUGUGGAUGAUGAUGGAUGUUUGUUAAGUCUGUUGGCGUCUGCUACCCUCAGUCUGUCACCCCAGCACACAACAGCAAACAGGAUGGCAGUGGCCACCACAGACUCAGAACAUCCUCAGUAUGGUCUUGUAGAUGUUAUAGGACCUCAGCCUCCUGAAGGCUGAGGCCCUUCUUGUAGACACUUAAGAGGUCUUAGACCAUUCCAGUUUGUCAUCCAAGUACACCGCAAGCUUCCUGACGAACCGCCCCCAGACAGUGAGAGUGGCUGACCAGACAUCAUCCACACUGUGUGUCAGCAUAGAAACGCCACAGGGCUGCGUCCUCAGCCCUCUCCUGUACUCGUUGUACACUUACAACUGCGUGGCGACACGACAAUCAAACCACGUCGUGAAGUUCGCCGAUGACACGGUAGUGGUAGGCCUGGUCUCCAGCAGCGACGAGUCAGCCUACAGGGAGGAGGUGGCCAACGUGGUGCAGCAAUGCACAAGUGACAACCUCUCCCUGAAUGCCAACAAGACCAAGGAGAUUGUGGUCAACCCCAGGAGGAAGGAGGACGAGCUGCAGCCGAUUACCAUCAAUGGCACAGCGGUGGAGAGGGUGGACACAUUAAAAUAUCUGGGAGUCAACAUCUCUGCAGACCUCUCAUGGGAUUGCCACACCACAGCAGUGGUAAAGAAGGCCCAACAGUGCCUAUACAGACUCAGGCGCCUAAAACAGUUUGGCCUUAGACCCAACACCAUCAGGGACUUCUACAGAGGCCCCAUAGAGAGCCUGCUGACCUUCAGCUUCACAGCCUGGUAUGGCAGCUGCACGGACAGAAACCGUAAGGCACUGGGGAGGGUGGUCCGAACUGCCAGUAAAAUCACUGGGUGUGAGCUGCCCAGUCUGGAGGACCUCUACAGCCGGCGCUGCCUCAGCAAAGCCCAGAGGAUAAUGGAGGACCCCAUCCACCCCCACAAAGGACUAUUCAUUCCCCUGAGGUCCAAAAGGGUGAAAGGUUACAAAACCCACCCAGCCCGCACGAGCAGGCUGCGGAGAAGCUUUUUCCCACAGGCCAUUAGACCGCUAAAUGAAUGUUGACAGUAGAAAUGAUGGGCAAUAUCUAAAUGUGCAAUAACACACUGCACUUUGCACUACUGCACUUUCCUUACCGCCUGUUUUACUGUUGCCUGUUUGCCUGUUUUUUAUUGCCAUUCUCUUAGAUAUGUGUCGGCUUUUUAGUCUCUGAGGAGCUACCGAGCAGGAAGUAUUUCACAUGGAUGUACCCGGUGCAUCUAAGUGACAAUAAAGUGAAAGUAAAGUAAAGGUACCUGUAGUCCUCCACAAUGCCCACACUGAUCCCUUGGACAGAAACAGGGGUCACUGGUGUCUUUGUCCAGGACUGUUGUAGUUAAAGUCAUUUCUUAUCUAUUAAAGAAUAGAUUGAGUUCGUUGGCCUCUUCCAAACUGCCUUCAACUCCUCCACUGUCAGGAGUCCUAGGGCCUAUGAUGGUCCUCACGCCACUCAAGAUCUCUCUGAUGUUGUUUUGCCGAAGCUUUCGCUCCAGUUCCCUCCUGUAGUUGCCUUUAGCCUCCCUGAUCUUCAUUUUAAGGUCCCUUUGGCUUGUCCUCACCUCAUCCAGAUUACCAACUCUGAAGGCCCUCUUUUUGGCAUUCACGAUGGUCUUGAUGUACUCUGUUAUCCAUGGCUUGUUGUUUGAUUCACACCCCCAUGCAUCAGCACACCAUCAAAUUGUAGAGAUCCCGAGAAGGAACUAAGCUGAAUCAUAAAAGGUGUAUGUCUGAUAUAAAAAGUGGAUUUGUUACUUUACCCAACAGCAUUCACAUUUUCCCACAGGUUUCUGUUUCCUGGUUUACCUGAUGAUGGAGGUAUCCUCCCAGACCCCCCUGUCUCUCAGUCUGAGAGCAGACCCAGCUCGACCUCUGCAGAGCAAGGGUGAGUGGCAACAUUCACAUUCACAUACACAUGCACAGUUUGAAUAUUUUUUAAAACCUUCAUCUCUCUUCCUCUAGUGUUGUGGUGGUGAGCUGCUCCUCUCUGCUCCUCCCCCUGUUGCUCCCUCGUCUCUAUCCCCCUCUUUUUACCCUCUACUGCCUGCAGGAGGAGCAGGAAGAGGCCCAGUACUGGGAGCGCAUCCUCAGACUCAAUAUGCAACCAGACCAGUACCUACUCAGCUUCCUUGGAGUGCAGGAGUGAGUCUGUACAUUCAACACAAUCAGACACACGGGGUCAGUUACUAGUAAAUCAAGCCCUGAAGGGGGAUAAGUCAAAUAAUGCAGAUGUAGUUGGGACUAAAUAAAAGUACAUCAGUUUUAGUAUCUUAUUAGUAUCUUCUGUCAUCUAUUUUUCUCUCUUGUAGGAAGUUCUGGCCUGUUUGGGUGUCAAUUCUGGGAGAGAAAAAGCAGGUCAGUCUAUGAAUGGACUUAUUAUCUUAAAUGCUAAUAUUGAAUCUCUUUAUCACUAUCCAGAAAUUUCUUCUAUCUGCUUUUAUUUCACCCAUCAUCUCACAAAUCCUUGGUGUAGUCUAUGAGGACAUCAUUAUCAGAUUAAAGUAUUUGACCUCGAUUAAAGUUCGUGACCUAAAGUAUUUGUGCUUUCCUGUCUAACUGGUUUCGUUUUAACUUGAUCACAGAUCGUGUCCAGCACAAAAGAUGCCUGCUUUGUUUCUGCUAUAGAGACGCUUCAGCAAAUCAGGUAGCCUGUCAUAAUUAAUAAUUUCUCUAAAUAUGACGUGACUCACCACUGUAAGUUACAGUGCACUUUCUGAGUCCAAGUUCUUAGUCCAUUCUCCUUAAAACAGCAGAUCUUUUGAGUUUCUGUGCCAAUAUAUACAAUAAAAUAAAACAAUACAAGAAAUUCAUUGAUCCCCAAAGGGAAAUUAAUUCAUCUGGAGUCUCAUGUCAUCUAUGUCAUCUACUAUUUACAGAAGAAUUAAACAGUCUGAUGGCUGUGGGUACAAAAGAUCUUCUAUCUUUCCAUCUUGCAGCAAAGAGAGAGGAGCCGUCCACCACCAUUGGUCCUUUAGUCCAUCAAGGUGUUAUGAAGUAGAUGAACCAUGUUCUUUAGAAUGGUUCUCCUGUGAGUCCAGCUUGAGUCCUACCACAGAGCCAGCCUUUUUCACCAGUUUGUUCAGACGUCUUCCAUCUUUAUGAUUGAUGCUUCCUCCCCAGUAGACUACAGCGUAAAACAGAACACUGAAGACACCACAGACUGAUAAAACAUCUGCAGCAUCUUACUACAGAUGUCUAUUGAGCAGAGUCUUCUAAGGCAAAAGAGGCGGUUCUGCCCCUUUUUGUAGAUGAAGUCUAAAUUCUUAGACCAGUCCACCUUAUCAUCCUGAUGUACACCUAGGUAUUUAUAUGAUGUCACCACUUCGAUGUCCACUCCACAGGUGUUCACUGGCUGAAGAGGGGGUUUGGAUCUAUGGAAGUCUAUGACCAUCUCCUUUGUCUUUGAGGUGUUGAGGAGGAGGCAGUUUUUGUGACUCCAGUCACUGAAGGCUCUUAUCAGAUCUCUGUAUUCAGCUUCUUGUCCAUUUCUGAUACAUGCCACAAUUGCGGUGUCAUGUCAGUAUUUCUGGAUGUGUCAGGACUCAGUGCUGUAUUUGAGGUCUGACAUGUACAGAGGGAACAGGAAUGGAGUCAGCACUGUCCCUUGUGGAGCUCCUGUACUGCUCAUUAAUGCCCUAGAAACACAGUUCCUCAGCCUGACAAACUGUGGCCUUCCUGUCAGGUAAUCUGUGAUCCAGGAAACACAGGAAGGAUCCACUCCCAUCUCUGUGAGCUUGUCUUUGAGGGUGGUGGGUUGGAUGGUGUUGAAUGCACUUGAAAAGUCAAAGAACAUGAUCCUCACAUAAACCUCAGACUCCUCCAGACGAUACAGGGCACGGUGAAGCAUGUAGAGGACAGCAUCAUCCACUCUAAUGUGUUCUUUGUAUGUAAACUGCAGGGAAUCCAGUUUGUCUUUGACCUCAGACCUCAGAAGGUGUAGAAUCAGCUGCUCCAGGGUUUUCAUGAUGUGUGAAGUGAGGGCCACUGGUCUGCAGUCAUUGAGUUCAGCAGGACAUUUUGUUUUUGGUACUGGCACAAUGCAGGAGGUUUUCCACAGAGCAGGUACCCGCCCCAGCUGUAGACUCAGGUUGAAGAUCUUGUGGAGAGGUUGACACAGUUCUGCAGCACAGUCUCUAAGCAGCCAUGGACACACACCAUCUGGACCAGCUGCCUUCCCAGGACAAAGUCUUCCAAGCUCCAUCCUCACCCCUGUUUCUGUGACAGAAAAGGACUGGUGUUCAAGGAGAUAGGCAGUUGUGACAUUGUGUGACAUUUAAAUGAGAUGGAAGAGGAAGGGGAGAAGUUGUAGUGGAGAAGGAAGGUGGAGUAGCAGUGGAAGUGGGUGUGACAGCAGUGUCAAAUUUGUUGAAGAACAGGUUGAGUUCAUCGGCUCUUUCCACAUCACCCACCACUGGCUGUCUUUUCUUUUAUUGCUGUGUAAUAUUGCCUGAAUUUCCUUUUGGGGAUCAAGAAAGUUCUCUUUAUUUUUUAUUCAUAUUCUUGUUUAUUCUAAACAAAAUAGAGGUUGGUUUAGGUUCUUGCCAGCUCCCUUGUCUCACUGGAACCUUACAUAGGAUCCCAUGCCAGGAAUCUUGGUGCUUGAUGGUGCUUAACUAGACAAACAGGUCAGCUCAGCUGUCAAGUCUAGCUUUUAUUAGCUGAGGUUUCUUGCUAAAGUUAAAUCAUAUCUGAGCCAGAAAGACCUUAAAAAUGUUAUUCAUGCUUUUAUCACAUCUUGUGAAGAUUAUUGAAACCCCCCUUAUGUCGGCAUCGACCAGUCAGAGCUUAACCGCCUGCAGCUUAUUCAAAAUGCUGCAGCUUGUCUCCUAACUGGGAUGAAGAAACGGGAGCACAUAACUCCAGUGCCUUCCAAACUUCACUGGCUCCCUGUUAGGUACAGCAUUGGCUGGCCCCUGAAUACCAGUUUGACCUUAUUAAAUCAGCCCUCCAGAGCCCUGAGGUUGCUUAUCAGGUGGCUUCAGAUGGUCAAGCGUUUGCUGAUGUGGCUCUUACUCUGUAGCAGGGGUUCCCAAACUUUUCCAUGCCAAGGCCCCCCAAAUAGCUUCUGGCCGGGGACCCCCUGUGCAAACCUACUGACAAUAUACGAUAUACUAUACCAUAGUACAGGGGUUCUCAACCUUUUGUGAGCUGGACCCCAAAGGUGGUUCAAUGCAGUUGAGCCCCUGUGGUCUUGGCUCCAUACCAGAUCCAGAGAUGCUCCUCCUGUCGGUCUCUAUCAGGACACCUGAAGCUAAAGCGAGCUAAAACUUUUUUUCACAUAAUGCAAAUGGAUGAAACGUGCUGACCGUGAGAAUGGGAUGUGAAUAAUAUCGGUGGAUUAUUAAACUGCCAGAGCUGGAUGACUGAUAAUGCUGACUAGUGACUCCAGAGUGAAGGCAAGAAAUAUUUCCUGAUAUUUCUUACCUUCACUCUGUCUUGAUGAAAAUAGCGUUUCUCUUGAAUAAACUCCUCUUCCAGCAGAAAUAUCCAUCAGCAGCUGAUAAAACACAGAAAAAGUCUGUUAUAGAGUACUUCCUCUCAAGUAUUAGACUGCUCCUAACUUAUAGAUGAAGUUUUCCCUUGCAUGGUGAAGUGUAUUUUACUCUUCAAGUAGUGAAGCCUGUCAGGGAUAGAUAAUAGUGUUUUCUGACUAAGCAGUAAAAGUACAUGCAUUCUUUACUGACAUAUAAACAAUGCGUAGACUGCUAGAACUUGCUCUGACUCAAGUUAUGACAAAAGAAUGAAGAUGUAGGAGGAGCCAAUAGAGGCUGAUGACCAUAUUUUUUUCUAGAAGACUUUAGAGCAGAGUGUAAUCAGGGCUGUUAUUCAUUUUUGUCAUGAUUAAUAAAACCCCUUUGCAUACAGCACAACGUUCAUUCCGUCAGACAAGCUCCUUGUCAUCCAAAAGACUUUUGAUGAGUUGACCCAGGAAGUAAAACCCAUGCUGAAAGAUGACUUCCUGUGGUGCAUGGAUGACCUGCUUCCUCUCUUCCUCUAUGUGUCACUCAGGGCUAAGUGUGUUACACACACACACACACACACACACACGCAUGCGUGCACACACACACACUUAAACUUCAAUAAAUGUUAAUGCUCUGUCAUUCUGGAAUUAUGUGCAUGUCUGUGUAAAAUUGUUUUAACCUGAUAACAGUUUUUUGCUGCUGUACUCAACAGGAUCAGGAACCUGGGGGCUGAGGUCAGUCUGAUAGAGGACCUGAUGGACCCCAAUGUUCAGCAUGGAGAGCUGGGACUUAUGUUAACCACUCUAAAGGUGUGACCCUUCAUGGCACACACACUUAUAAACUCACAUACACAUGCUCACUGAUGACAGCAACUGUGAAAAGCAUUUGCUUAGUGCUAAAAAUAUAACUUACCCUUUACCCAGGAUGUGUUAACUUUGAAAUGACAAAAAGAGCUCAACAGUUUUAAAAAUUAUUGCAUUUAUUCAAUUAUCAUACAAUACCUCUGCUGCAGGCCUGCUACAUCCAGAUUCGGCAGGAGUCCAUUACCUAG